AAAUCUCAUCAAACCUCUCUUUACUAAACAUGAACUAAAUGUCUCACAAGGUUGUUCUAAACAUGUUAGAGGCUUGGCACGAAACUUUAAAUUUGUCCUUCAAAUAAAAACUAAUUUGCAUAAAUGACCCUCAUUUCUAAGAGGAUCAUGUUCUCUUCGUGCGCUCAAAAGUUGUUUUUGCUUUUAAUACUUACUUUUAUGUCACGUUAUUGGUAUAUCACUAGUCUUGUAAAGUUGUAUUGUAGAAUGUAGAUCAUACAAAUUUGGAUUUUAUGGAAUGGGAAAAAAGGUCAAAGAUGGGAGGCAAAAAUAAAAAAUCAAAGAUGCACCAGCCGGGAAUCGAACCCGGGUCUGUACCGUGGCAGGGUACUAUUCUACCACUAGACCACUGGUGCUUAUUGUUGAUACCUUACAACAAGUUUUUAUUAUAUUAAUUUGAUUUAUCUGAUGCUGCAAAUUGCGUAUCCCAAUUCCCAAAUGAGAGAAACGAGUCCACAAAAUUGAUAAGGUGAAGAGAUUUACUGAAGGAAGGAAUAGGAGAAGAGAAAAUGGUGGUUAGCAGCAGCAAUGCAUUCAGAUCUUCAUUGAGCUCGUUUUUAUUACCCACGAAAGUGACGAAACUAUCAUUAAGCAACAGAAUUACCCUGCUUCCACUUUCUAAUGUUGCUGCUGUUUCAUCUCAACUUACUCAUCCUAUCAAGUCAGAGAUGUCACUUUGUGUUGGAACACAUCUUAUACCUCAUCCAAACAAGAUCGAAAGGGGAGGAGAAGAUGCUUUCUUCAUAAGCAACCACGGCGGUGGAGCUAUAGCUGUUGCAGAUGGAGUGUCUGGGUGGGCAGAACGAGAUGUUGAUCCUGCAUUGUUUUCGAGGGAGCUCAUGGCCAAUGCACUAUCAAUGGUGGAUGACACAGAGGUGAAUUAUGAUCCACAGGUUUUGUUGAAAAAGGCGCAUGCUGCUACCUCUUCAAUGGGUUCAGCAACAGUAAUUGUUGCUAUGAUGGAAGGAAAUGGGAUUCUUAAGAUUGCAAAUGUUGGAGAUUGUGGACUACGUGUUAUCCGCAAAGGACAAAUAAUGUUCUCAACAUGCACUCAAGAGCAUUACUUUGAUUGUCCUUAUCAGUUGAGCUCAGAAACUUCAGGUCAAACAUACCUUGAUGCCAUGGUGAGCAGUGUAAAAUUGGAGGAGGGAGACAUUGUAGUAAUGGGGUCAGAUGGGCUUUUCGACAAUGUUUAUGACAGAGAAAUUGCAUCAACUGUUGCAAGCAACAGCGACGUUGCAGAAGCCGCCAAGGCAUUAGCUAGGCUAGCUAGAGAUCACUCAAAGGACAUCAGUUUCGACUCUCCUUAUUCAUCAGAAGCUCGAACCAAGGGUAUAGAUGUGCCGGAUUGGAAGAAGUUGCUAGGAAUGAGGCUAACAGGGGGGAAGUUGGAUGAUAUCACUGUCGUCGUUGGUGAAGUUGUAAAGCUCACAGAAACUUCCUCGGGCAUAAUUCAAAAUAACGAGUAAUACAAGGCUUGCCAUAUUUCAGGUAAAGUGGCUGAGCUAAUGGCAGUGAUGGAUCCAGAAAAUCUAAAAUGGAAAUGCGAAUGUAAAUUAAAUACCAAGCUAGAAAUUCCUCUGUUUUCAAAACUUAUCUUUACCAUAUUGGUAUUGUUUAGAUGAUUUUGAGAAUGCAAAAGCAUAUAUAAAGUAAUCAAAGUGAAACAAAUUGUAUUAAUCUUAAGUGUUGAGUUGUUGAGGCCGAAAUAUAAAUACUUCUUUCUC